AUGGCUGCCAGCGGUCCCGACAGGAACGGUCAGGACAGCAUCCUGGAGCCUCUGUGUUUCCCGGAGCGGCCGGCCUGCAGCUGCAGUGCUGUGGGGGUGCAGAGUGGGGGCGCCGAGCUGCUGGUCUGCCUCUUCUGCUCCGAGUCGGUCCCCACACAGCAGAAAGACGCUCUGCUCAGACACCUCCUGCUGGAGCACAAGCUGGUGAUCGCCGACGUCAAACUGAUCGCAGACCUGGCCAAGUACCUGCUGUACUGGAAGGGCCGGUUCAUGGAACAGUCACUCACUGACUUCUGCAGUGUGAUCAAGACCAACUCCACCGGCCCGGUCGAGAAACAGGAGGAGUACUUCCUGCUGUGUGACGUCCUUCCAGAAGAUCGACUCUUCAGAGAAAAGCUCCAACAGAAACGACUGGAGGAGGUGCUGGAGCAGCAGCAGAGGGAGAGAGAGGACAGCAGCUUCCAUCGACUCUGCAUGUUCUGCAGCGAGGAGUUCACCGGGAACAGGUCGUCUAUGUUGAACCACAUGGCCCGAGAGCACUCCUUCAGCAUCGGACUCCCUGACAACAUCGUCUACUGCGACCAGUUUCUGGACACGCUGCAGGACAAACUGGACAAUCUGCAGUGUCUGUACUGCGAGAAAACCUUCCGAGAUAAAACCACGCUCAAGGAUCACAUGAGGAAGAAGGCUCACCGCCGCAUCAACGCCAACAACCACGAGUACGACCGCUUCUACGUCAUCAACUACCUGGAACUGGGGAAAACCUGGGAGGAGGUGCAGAGCGAGGACGACCGCGAGCUGGUCGAGGACGAGGACGACGAUUGGUCGGACUGGCGGGCUCACCCGCUGUCUGCUGUGUGUCUCUUCUGUGAGCAUCAGUCGGAGACGAUGGAGCAGAUCUACACACACAUGAAGGAGAGCCAUGGCUUCGAUCUUCACCGCCUGAAGACAGAGCUGAACCUCAAGUUCUACCAGCAGGUCAAACUUGUGAACUUCAUCCGGCGUCAGAUCCACCAGAGCCGCUGCUACGGCUGCCAGCAGGCGUUCGACUGCAGAGCCGACGUCCUGCGUCACCUCGAGGCCGAAGGUCACAUGAUGGCGCUGCCGGAAGCGUCCGCCUGGGACCAGCCUCAGUACUACUUCCCCACGUAUGAGAACGACGCUCUGCUCUGCACGCUCUCCGACAGCGAGGAGGACGAAACGGACACGACGGAGCACAGCGAGGACGUCCCGGUGAUCGCAGAGGACAUCUCCAACCUGAGAGACAUCCGGCAGAGCAGCGUCCUCGACCAGCUGCUGAGGAGCCGAGCGUCCUGCAGCUGA